UCGAGGAGUCGCGCAUUUCGGGUCGGACCUUUCCAACUCCCAAACGGCUCCGCUAUUUUUACCAAACUUUGGUCUUUCCGGUGGAACAUCCCUUGUUGGGUAUCACACGACACCUCGUCUUCGCCCGCUAUUCGUGCUCCGACUUUGACGCGGUUAAUCGAUUACUCAGUGAGACCAAUUGGCCAUAAGUUGUAAGAUACGCGGUAGGAACAGUGACUGAUAAUAAUCCAGUUGGUACUAAAAUAUACAGCACACAUUUGUUGGCGUAGUAGUGAUUCAACGGUUUUCAAAUUCGUUCCUCUCGCCGGUUACUAUCGAGUGUAUUUUUGAAUUUUAAACGUGCGAUUUCAAUCCUGCAGUGACAAUUGACGUGAUAUUGUUUGAAUCGAAUUGCAGUCGCUGCAUGGUCGACGGAUAUUGGAUACGGUCCGUUCCCUUCAUCUCCGUGGAGUGACAGAACCGGGAUACAAAUGAACGAACAAGUCCGAAAGUAAGGUGACAUGGUCCGGCGAUUCGAAGGGUUAAUUAAAAAGUGAUGCGGCGUGCAAAAGUGAUAUUAAAGACACGAUGAAUACGGUAUAAGGAAUAGAAGAAGCGUAGAGAACAUUAACCCUUUCGUUCUCCGUAGAAAUUUUUUCAAAACGUAUCAAAACAAAAAACAAAUACAAAUAUGCUCGCGGUGUUGAACUUCUGAAAUCACAAACACGGGACUGAAAAACUGGACACCAAAAAAUAGUCUAUAAAAAACGGACCCUGAAGCGUGAACAAGUUAUCACGUGCGGUUUAAACUACGUCCAAGAAAACGACGUUAUGUCUCUACCUCGAGGGGUGGGACUCGGCGUGGACGUUGGCCAACUGAUGCAGCAGCAACAGCAGCACCACGUUUUACCAGCGGCAUUUUUCCUCAGAGCAAGUGCCGAGCGCUAUCAGAGAACGCCGAAAUGCGCUAGGUGCAGAAACCACGGAGUAGUUUCGGCCCUCAAGGGACACAAGCGUUACUGUCGAUGGCGGGACUGUGUCUGCGCAAAAUGCACCCUCAUUGCCGAGAGACAACGCGUCAUGGCUGCUCAGGUCGCUCUGAGAAGACAGCAGGCUCAGGAGGAGAGCGAAGCGAGAGAAUUAGGCCUGCAGUUGCAAUAUAGCAACAAUUGCACACCGUCACCAGCCGCCGCCAAUUUGCCGGUUCCACCCGCUGGCGAAAGCCCCGUUCAUCCUCAUCAGCACGCGCACUCAAAUCCCACCAUGGCGAUUCCCCCAAGUUCUCAGCUUCAGUCGCAGCUACAGCAAACCCAACUCCAGGCAAGUUUGCAACAGCUUCGAGUACCGCAGGACGAUUAUCAGACCACCAAUUCGAAGACCGAAAAGAACGAGUCGACGCGAACUUCUCCCGUUCCAGGUCCAAAGCGCGCCAGAAUCUCCGUGGACUCAACAGGCGAGGAUUCGGAGGAUCACGACUCGGCCGGGGAUCACAUGCACGAAAAUCAUCCCCUGGAGCGUGCCGGAAGCCGGCACCAAGUGCCCAAUCCUUGCCCGAUCCCGAACUCCGCCUCGACCGACUUUACGACAGAACUGGAGGCUCCGCCGUCAAGGAGGAGUACGAACGGCUCGGAAUCUGCGAGUCCUGAUCCCCGAGAUUCCCCGGUUGAGAACACGCCUCCCUUGACACCGGCCCUAACACCGCAACGCGAGGAUACGCCUGCCCCGGAGAACCUGAGCCUACGUAAAACCGGAAGUCCUCAGCCCCAGCAGACGCCCCUUCAGACAAACCUUGUUCAGGCUCAUCACAGCCCACCGCCUCAUUCGUUAACGACAGCAGCUCACUUUUCCCCAUACGCGCCGCUUUACGGACCAGCGGCAAGUUCGCUCUACUGCGCCCCGUCUCUCUACCAACAUCAGCAUCAGCACCACCUCCAAGAGCAACGAGAUUUGCAAAUGCAAAUGCAGGGAAUUCAGCACUGCAAUUUGCAGAUUCAGCAGAGAUCGCCAGUCGACGUACUCCUGCGAGUGUUUCCGGGUCGUCGUCGAGCCGACGUCGAAGCUCUGCUACACCGAUGCAAAGGUGACGUGGUCUCGGCGAUGGAAGUGAUGGUCUGCGAGGACGCCCUGCACCCAAAAUCGGCCUUUUCGCCACUCGCCGGGGCGCUGGCGUCGGCCGCAGCCGCAGGACUCGCAGGAGCGGCUUCCAGCGCUUAUUCGCGCAGCGCCUACUGCACAGCGGCAGCCUCCCUAGCCCAAAGCCAAGGUCUACCGAAUCCCAAUUCAACCCCACCAACCAGACACAGAUUCCUGGCGGCCCCUUACACGGGGACCGGUUACCUCCCCACGGUAAUAAGGCCGCCGAAUCAGGGGCCCCAGGACUUCGGGGGGCACAAUAACGGUGCGAGUACAGGCGACGCCUACAGAGAAAUGAGCCCCGAUAACGCGAGCGACAAGACAAGCUACUCCGAGUGAUACAUCGGCGGCUACUAUCAGCACGCUAGCUUCUAUCAGUAGCCGCUUAUCGCCAAGUAAGUGCAGACAAGAGGUUACCAAAGGAAGGCCAAUUCGCAGUGACGUGAUACAGUUGCGGUUAGGAAAGGAAGGCGUAGAAAGCGCCGCGGAAUUUAAGGUGAUUUAAGGUGGUUUAAAAGAGGCAUGACGAAAACUUUUCUGAACUUUACUGACUCUCACCGAUUAGACUUUCGGACUUGGCGUCUGCUGAGAGGAUUUUGGACGGUUUUUACGAAUGAUAUGACGGAAUAGGUAAGUCGCGCUGCUGAGCGUGACGUACCUAUAUAAUAUAAUUAUACAUAUAUAUACACACACACACACCUGCAUACGUGUUGAAUCAUAAGUAUGGCAGUGUACUAUAAGGUACGAGUAUUUAUUUUAGCUUUGACGAGAUCGCAAUAUGUGAAUGUCCGUCUAUGCGUGGGACAAAAAAAUUGUCAAAUAUGUCGCGUUUCUAUAUACCUAUGUACAUGUAUUACUUAUGCAAGUUUGGUAAAAUAAUAUUACGUAAAUUUGAUAAGUACUAAUACAUAUAUGUAUAUAUAUAUAUACGUAUAUAUACAUAUAUAUACAUAUAGUUUUUAAGAGUUAUACGAUGUAAGCUUAUAUCGCACGAAUUAUAUUAAUAUAAUAAACUGACUGCAGUUACGAGCUGAAAUAUAUGAAUAAUUAUUGUUAUUUGCAAGACUUGUGUAAAUGGAAUAACAAAUCACUGAAACUUAUUGUUAUACACGUAUGUAUUUAAUUAAUGAAACCCGAGUGAUACAAGGAAAACGGAAGAAAACGGAAUAUAAAUAAUCUCUGUCAAGUUCUAGAAGCGAAUCAUAUACUUUUUGGCGUGUACGCAUAUAUGCAUAUUUGUUGAAAAAUAUAGUAUAUAAGUACAAUUCGGUACUAAUAUGUAUAUGUAACAUAUGCAGACGACUGUAUAGAUGCGAUAGUUGUACCAUUAUUAUAUUAUUAUAUCAUAUACAUAUAUCAUAGACAAGGUGUAAAUAAACGAGUGCUAGCUAGCUUUACAGUGUUAUUAAAUUAAUCAAUGUUAUCCAAUAUAAAUAUAUAUAUACACAAACAUAUAUAUAUAUAUACACAUAUAUAUAUGUGUGUAUAAAAUAGUAUAUCGUCUACGAUGCGUUUAGCUAAAUACCGAAACAGAAAUUAAUGGACUUAGGAAGAAACAGAAAAGAUUAAACGAACAAAUAAUAAA